AUGAUGCCCAUGAGGAUUUUUAGAAUACGUGUGCUGUUCUGCUUGCUGGCUGCAUUCAUCAUCUCUGCCCUAGCUGAGGAACACGUAGGAGAGAGUCAACAUGCAAAUAUUCGCCUUGAUAAGAACUUGGUACAAGAUAAAGACCACAUCAUGGAACAUUUGGAAGGUGUUAUUGAGAAACCAGAAUCCGAGAUGUCUCCACAAGAGUUGCAGCUUCAUUACUUCAAAAUGCAUGAUUAUGAUGGCAAUAAUUUGCUAGAUGGGUUAGAACUUGCUACUGCCAUAUCACAUGUCCACAAAGAGGAAGGUGGUGAGCAUACCCAGGCAAUGAAAGAAGAAGAGCUGAUCAGUCUAAUAGAUGAUGUCUUAAGAGAUGAUGACAAGAACAAUGACGGAUACAUUGACUAUGCAGAAUUUGCAAAAUCACUGGAAUAAGGUUUUGCAGGGGGCUUGUUUCUCCUUCUAACUACAUGGAAAUGUGAACCAGUAUAAUGUGAUUCAUUACUGUCUCAUAUCAACCUCUGUGCUGUGAGAAGGAGAGGUGUACGAGUUCCAGCUGAAUUUAUUUGAAAGUUGUAUGUGUUAAGAGACUGGCUAACUCAGAGCGAGGGCCAUGUUUGACUAAACAUAGCCACACAUUGGAAUCUUGAAGCAUGGAAGCGUCAACAAUAGUCAUAUAGGGUACAGCUGGCAAAGUUUUAAGUAGCUGUUUAUGAAUACUAAAGAGAUCACAUACAAUCUAAAUUUCAGUUUUUC